AUGGUCUCCCAACCAGACCAGCACUUUUACAACAACUCUCUCGCCGUCCGGGGCACCUCUUCACUCGUCGGUGUCGGCGUUGGUAGCGGGCAUAGCCAUAGCCACAGCGGACCACCACCACCACCUGCCGCCUCGGUGGCAGGCGGUGGCGGGCACACGUCCUCCACCCGCUCUCGCCGCUACAACCGCAGCCAUAUUGGCGGCUCGUCCUCAUCCUCUCCCUACGCCCACCUUAACGAGUUCCCCAUCUUCACCAAUACCGGCGAUGUCGAGAUUGUCGUGCGCGUUCGCUCCGGCCAUGAGAAUCGGUACUUACUACACCGCGACACCCUAGCCCGAUGCUCUGGCUUCUUCGAAGCCAGCACCAGCAAGGAGUGGUCGCGAGCGCAAGUGGUCAGUCCGCGACAGGAGCUGCCAGACAACGGGGACUCGCGUGCGCUGACGAGUGGUGGCGAGGUGGCUCGAGUAAGGCCCGGUGGUACUGGUAGCAGGAGUGGGAGCGAGAGCGGGAAAGAUGGACAGACCGCUAGCAUGCUGCCCGCCAGCGGCCAGCCUCGCCGGAGGUGGAGAUACGAGUUGGACCUUGGAGAAGGCGAGCAUGACAAGCCGAUCCUUGUGCAGAAGGACGAAAGCGGCAGCAGCAGCAACAGCAGCCGGACAGCAAUGUCAGCAGUGGACGCUCCUCAGUCAAUUUUCGGGGGGGGACCGUCGAAUAUCGACAACUCGUAUUCAUAUCGCAACGCCGGAGGAAACAACGGGAGCAGGGCGGCACCCACUCAUACCGACGAGGUCGAUCUUCUCCGUGACUACGACAACCUUUUCCGCAUCAUGUACAACUACCCGCCCGUACUGGACGGCGUCAACAUCGCGGAUGCCUAUGUCCAGUGCAAAUCCCUGCUUGCCGUCGCCGACGAGUACGACGCGCUUGCCUUCGUUGGGCCUCGUGUCGACCACCAUCUCUUGCAGUUCCAAAGCCGCCUCUGGCGCCAGAUUGCAAAGUACCCGAUCAGCUACUUGCGUCUGGGAUACAUGGCUCGGUCGCGCGUCAUCUUCCAGGAGGCGCUUGUCCACGUUGUCGGCCAGUGGCCAGCAGGCGAGCGGAGCCUGCGUUCUGCGCUGCCAGAUUCCGUGCUCGAUCUGAUCGAGGACAAGGUUGACGAGCUUGCAGAAGCCGUGUCCCGCGUUGAGGCUCGCCUUUUCCGUCUGCAUCUCACCACGCGCGGCGGUGAACGCGUGGCUCCUUCGACUGCAUACGUGGACUGGCUCGCUGUGUCCUUGUUUCGGCAAUGGCUUGCAGACAACACAACACCUCCGAUGGAUGGCGGCGGUGACCCCAAGGUCGUGAUACCAGAACGGCGCGGCGCAGGCGCCACGGGCGAUCGCUAUGGCCAUCCACGUAGUGGACCACAUCGGGGGGGACACCCUCGACAUGAUGGCGGCCGCGCUUCAUCGUCCUCGUCCUCGUCUUCAGGAUCGGGCCGGCAUCACCAGGAAACAGCCCUGACUGUUCAUGUGCGCAAUGCGCUCGUCCCAGCGCUCUCCCCGCCCUUGUCCACCCUCGGCCGUACCUAUCGCAUUCUCGGUUUGGCUCCGAGCCCAUCCUAUCUCGGCCACGAAGACUGCAAGCGGUUUCUGAAACUGUCGCCCGACCUCUACACACGUGACAAUCUCCGCCGGUUCGAGAAACGCAUUGACGAGCUCAAAGUCCUGGCUCGCGAAAUUGUUCGGCCUCUCAUGGGCAGCGGGCUAGAGCUAGACGUCGCCGGCGGCAAGUCAGGCAGCGGCACUGGUAGCAGCAACGGGACUCACGACGGCAUCACCUACUUCACAUGCACAUAUUUGUCCGAUCGUGACCUACCCUGGUUGGUAGACAUGUGA